AGUCUGAAUGUAAGGAUUAGGUCCUGGCAUGAAAAUUGUUCAUUGUUCAAAGACAUGAGAAUCUCAAUGUGAUUGUGAAAACAGUCGAUUCUGAAUUUUUUUGGUUGACUCUAUACACCCCUUCGUAAUGACUUCUCUUGCACAAAUUCCCCGGAAAUAUCAUAUCGUGGAUUAGUGUUUUUUUUUUUGUAACUUAUAUCGUGGAUUAGUUUAAAUUAAUUAAACAAUAUGAUUAGAAAACUACAGUUAUUUUUAACCAUAUUUAACUAACAAAUCAAACUACUUACAUUACAUUUAUAUGUUGCCAAAUCUAUUUGCUUAGAAGAGUAUAUAAUGAUUUAGGUUUAGUUGUACAAGUAGUUUUGAUUUUAGAGAAAAGGUCUCUGAAAAAACGUAGGCUUGUUUUGAUCAAAAAAAAAAAAAAACGUAGGCUUGUUUAAAUUCAAAUUUUAUUUUAUUUCCUUUUUCCACAAUCACAAUCAAAUUAUACGAAUUUCUCAAAACCCUCCUGAAAAUAAUUUCCUAACAAUCGCUAUUUUUAUUAAUAUCAUGAUUUCACUCUCCUCUGUGGAAUAGGAUGAGUUAAUUAUUUUUAUGGUUAUAUAGAAAUACAUCGAAUCCUAAACUUCAUCCUUAUCUCUUUGUGUGUUCUUCUUCGUGUUGUCCUCGUCUACAAGUUACAUUAUCAAGUGUCUGUAACGAGACAAAGACAAUGCUGCGUUACUUUAUUCCCAUACCUAAAACCAAAACGAUUGUUUUGGGGAAUGUGAUCAAGUUUACGGAAAAGGAAACGAAAACUGAGCUUAACAUAAGCUUGAGUCGUAAACAAGUGGAAGAUUCCAUUGGUAGAAGCUCCCAUGGAGUUGAGGCUAUUGUUAGAGAGGAUCUUGUUAGAAUUAAAGCGUACCUUCUUUUUCUCCGAUAUAUGAUAGAUCACAUGAAUAAGCCUUGUAAUCAAGAAAUCAGUAAUCGUUUCACUAAAAAUCUCAUGAUACGAUGGAGCAGUGGUUUGAACUUAGAUUGCAAGUCUUCUAAUGGUCUAAGCCUUGCGAGUAUAUUUCAGCCUAAAUCUACACCAUUCUUCCAGUCUAAAGAUAUGUUGUUUGAGCUUCAUAUGAUACUAUUUAUCUACGCUCUGAAGCUCAGGGAGAAGGCAAUGGUGUUAGCCUCCAAAGAUAUGGUGGAAUCCACAAAGGCAUAUAGAGAAGCAGCUGGUGUUUUUGACUCUGUAUGUAAGAUUGGUCAUACUGAUUGGUCAUAUAUCGAGAAGUUUCCGGAGUUAACAUCUCCCGUUUGCUCCUCUUUGAAGCUCCUUUGUUUAGCUGAAGGACAGGCUGUGACGGCAAAUAAGGCCAAAGAGAAGGGGACAAGUGCAAGUCUAGUGGCAAAGCUCCAUUACGGUGUCACACAAUUUGUUGCUGAAGCCAAUGCUUCUCUCUUAUCCAAAACUAACACCCAAGUUAAACAACUCUCAUCACGAUUUUUGGAUUAUGUAUCGACCUUGGGAGCUUUGCACGAGCUAAAGAGUGGAAAACACUUAGCUGAAAGCUUGGAAUCGGAAGGGGAAUUAGGAGAAGCCAUUGGAGUCUUGCGCCGUUCGUUGGCCAGAGCAAAACUGACGACUCAGUGCCGGAGUGACACGUGGAAAUCGAUCUUCAAGAAGGAGAGAGAGCAGGUGAUUACAAUGAUGAACAAGUACGAGAAUUUAAACGAAUCCAUGAUGCUUCAGCGUAUCCCUUUAGAAGCUGACUUGCCUACUCUUCAAGGUGAUAAGAUUGUAAAGCUAAUCCCUUACAUUGACACCAAAUAGAUGAAAGAACUUAACUUUGAGUUCUUGUAAGAAACCAAGCUAAUCCCUUACGUUUAUACGGGUUUUAUUUUCUUUUGGCGCCUGUUUUCUUAUUCAAAUACUAGUGAACAAAAUAAUAAUAAAAAAAAUUUGAGCGAAGUGUGCAUUGAGAUUUUUGUUUUCUACGAAAAAAAAUAGUCAUAAAAAUUAAUGUAUGAAUUUAUUCUCCCUCUGUUUUCUUAUUUUAUAGUUUUCUUUUUUUUCUUAUUCCAAAGAUACUCUUCAGAUUUUAUAAUGGAAUUAUUUAUACAACACCAUGUUUCGCUGUACUGCAUUACAAUCAGAUCUGACAGCAAGAAUAUGCGUUUUAAUUAAUAACAUUUUAGCAAUAUAAAUAAAUAAAUAAAGAUUCUUAAUUUUAAAAAUCAAUUAUACCAAAGGUAUUAGCUAGUGUUAACUAUUUCAAAGUUAUUGGCUUAAAACAUACGCAAUUAUUUUUACAAAAUAAUAUUUAACUUUUUACUUUCAAUUAAAAAUAUUCACCCACAAUGUAAACUGUAAAUAAGUAAGAUUAUUAGACCAUCUCCAAUGGUACUCUAUAAUUUUCUCUAUAUUUCAUUCUAAAAUAGAGUAACUCUAUUAUAGAAUUGGAUUUGCUCUAAUGGUUCAGUCUAUAAUAGAGGUACUCUAUAAUAAAGUGAAAUAUAGAG